AUGCCAUUGCCAGUGUGCGCCGCAACUACGUCGCCCUCAAGGGUCCCCUCGCUACCCCCCGUUGGCAAGGGUCACGUCUCCCUGAACCUGACUCUCCGCCGUACUUUCAACCUGUUCGCCAACCUGCGUCCUUGCCGCUCCAUCGCUGGCUACAAGACCCCCUACGACAACGUCGACACUGUUCUCAUUCGUGAGAACACCGAGGGUGAAUACUCCGGUAUUGAGCACGUUGUUGUCGACGGUGUCGUGCAGAGCAUCAAGCUCAUCACCCGCGAAGCUUCCGAGCGUGUCCUCCGUUUCGCCUUCCAGUACGCGCAGUCCAUCAACAAGAAGAAGGUCCGUGUUGUCCACAAGGCCACCAUCAUGAAGAUGUCCGACGGUCUGUUCCUCAACACCGCCCGUGAGAUCGCCAAGGAAUUCCCCGAUAUUGAGUUCGACGCUGAGCUGCUGGACAACUCAUGCCUGCGUAUCGUCACCGACCCUACCCCUUACAACGACAAGGUCCUCGUUAUGCCCAACCUGUACGGUGACAUUCUGUCCGAUAUGUGCGCCGGCCUGAUCGGUGGUCUCGGUCUCACCCCCUCCGGUAACAUUGGUGACGAGUGCUCCAUCUUCGAGGCCGUCCACGGCUCCGCCCCCGAUAUCGCCGGCAAGGGCCUCGCCAACCCCACUGCUAUGCUUCUUAGCAGUAUCAUGAUGUUGCAGCACAUGGGUCUCCACGACCACGCCAACCGCAUCCAGAAGGCCAUCUUCGAUACUCUCGCCGAGGGCAAGACCCUCACCGGUGAUCUUGGUGGCAAGGCCAAGACCCACGAGUACGCUGGAGCUAUCAUCAAGCGCCUGUAA